AUGGAACCUCUCGGCGGCAAGUAUGCAUCUUCAGCCUGUACGUCGAUGUCUAUGGCCUUGCUCGUAUUCACCUUUAUCUCUAUUGUCCUCUAUCUACUAGUCUCCCACAUUCGGCAAAACUCACAACUAAAUAUGAAGAAGACCCUUUCUUUACCCCCGGGACCGCCUCGAUUGCCAAUUUUCGGAAAUUUCUUCAAUGCGCCAGAGAUAUGCUUCAACUGGUUGACCCAUUACCAAUGGAAGUACUUGUACGGACCAAUCGUGCAUUAUGAAAAGGGAGGCCAGUCUCACAUCGUCCUUACAACGGUCGAAGCGGCUCACGAUCUUUUGAACAAGCGAGCAAGCAAUUAUUCAGGACGCACAUUCAGUCCUUACGCAGGAGAGCUCGUUUGUAACAACUACAACAUUCUCUUUCUACAGUACGAUACCCAGUUCCGGCUCCAUCAACGGCUCCAUGCUAAGGGACUGAACCCUCGCUCCGUGGCGCCGUACCAUCCUCUGAUAGAGUUGGAAUCGCUUCAGCUGCUGAACGAUCUGUUGUCAGAGAUACAAGAGAAAAGCAGCGAGAAGCAAAUGGGAGCUGCUGUAAACCCUCACUGGCACUUCCGACGCGCAGCAUCCAGCAACGUGAGCAUGAUAGCUUGGGGCUAUCGGCUGCUGAGAGGCAAUCCCGAGCAUGAAGCACAAAUCAAAUUCUUCGACGUCGCUCCGACCUCGGUAGUCUUGAAGACUACGCAAACAUGGUACGAUAUCUUCCCUUGGCUAAAACAUCUUCCUUACGCCAUUUCUCCGUGGAAACGGGCAGCAAAGGUCCUCUUCGAGCGCGAGGAGGCUCAUUACUUGGGCAAUUUUCGCAGCGCACUCAAAAGACCUGGUUAUAACCUGAGCAAACAAGCGUGGGUUGUUAGAACGUUAACAUUAGCCAACGGUAAUACUAGCGUAUCAAUAAGUAUACGACAUAAGGAAGAAGCUCACAGAGGCUAA